AUGGCUAGUUCAGGUUCUGAUUUGGGGGAGUUCUCAGAAGAAAACUCGGAUUAUGAUCAAAAUUCAGAUGAUAAUGAUUAUGAUGAAAAUGUUGACGAAGAUUCUGAAUGGUUAGGGGUAGAAAAUAGAAAACAAGAGCAGCUGAAUAAGCAUAUUAAAAAAAGCUCUACAGAUGCUAGGAUGAGCCACAUGCCUAGGAAACAAAUGCCUACUGAUACUGAAAGUGAUGAUGACAAUUCUGACGUAGAUGUUGCCCCAAAUUCAGCCACUGAUAUUGGCAGUGAUACAGGGUCGGAUGAAGACAAAAGUUUGAGACCCCCUGUGUUUGAUCCCAAAGAUGAAAAUAACCCCAAAAUUAAACUUAGACAAAUAUUUUCUUCCUUCAAGGAGUUGAAAGAAGCAAUUAGAACCUGGAACAUCAAAAGAGGGAGAUCAUUUAAAUUUGUCAAGAGUGAUAGCAUAAGAGUUAGAGCAAUAUGUCCUAAAGAUGGGUGUGAUUGGUGCAUAUAUGUUAGGAGGAUGAAAGGGGAUGGCAGAUUGGAGGUUAGAACAUUUCAAAAGAAGCACAAAUGUGGAUUUUCAUACCACAACAAGAGUGUGAAGUCUGGGUGGGUAGGAAGAAGAUAUGUUGGCAUAUUUAGGGAGAACCCAAGGCUGGACUAUGUUAGUUUCAAAAAUCUGGUAAUGAAGGAGCACAAAUGUCAUCUUAGUAGACAUCAAGGCUAUAGAGCUAAGAAAAUUACAGAGAAUUUGGCCAAAGGUAGUGAGAUGGAUCAAUAUAAUAAACUGUCUCAAUAUAUCAAUGAAAUUGAGAGAAGUAAUCCAGGUAGCACAGUAAUUAUGAAGCUGGUAGAUGACUAUUGUGAUGCAGUAACUGGACAGGGCAAAUUUCAGAGAUUAUACAUGUGCUUUGCUGGGGUAAAACAGGGGUUCUUAGCAGCUUGUAGGCCUGUGUUUGGAAUGGAUGAAACUUUUCUCAAAGGUUCAACAAGGGGUGUACUAUUGACAGCAGUUGGAGUUGAUGCUAAUAAUGGAAUGUAUCCUAUAGCUUAUGCAGCAACUGAGGGAGAAACCAAAGAUUCUUGGAUUUGGUUUCUAACAUUACUCAAGGAAGAUUUGAAAAUUGAAAGGGACUAUGAGUGGACAAUAAUGAGUGAUAAGCAAAAGGGAAUAAUCCAAGCAUGUGAAGCAGUUUUUUCAAAUGCAACCCACAGAUUCUGUGUUAAACAUAUGCAUAGUAACAUGUCAUCUGCUGGGUUCAAAGGGGCGGCAAUGAGGAAAGUUCUGCGGAAAGCAGCUAAGGCAACUACUCCAAUUCAAUUCAGAAGAAGAAUGGAGGCAAUUGCUGAACUUGAUGCUGAAGUAGCUAAGUGGUUGGAUGACAAGGAUUCGACAGAGUGGUAUAGAUCACACUUCAGCACUUACCCAAAGUGUGAUAUAUUGCUGAAUAACAUAUGUGAAUCCUUCAACAGCAAGAUCUUAGAUGCUAGAGAGGAGUCAAUUAUUGCAAUGAUGGAGUCAUUGAGAUAUUUUAUGAUGUCAAGAAUGCAGGAAAACAGAGACAGAGCCAGAAAAAAUGGAGCAAAUUUGCAGUCUGCCCAAAAAUCAAGAAAAGAAUGA